CUCGUUCUGCUUCUCUGCUGUCUCUCCGCCCCCAUUGACCUACACAGUGUAACCUUAGUUGACAGGUGCUUAGCAGGAUGAGACAACAGCCUUAGCAGGUCAACCCGCAACACACGCUUUAGAUUUUACGACCGGCUCCUGUAUCUAUGCUGCAGCGUGGUUCAACCUCGCGGUCUCGCGUCAGCAACAGUCGCUAGCGCAACGCCUGCCGUUCCGUUCUUCGACCCCUCCCUUCUCACCAGGUAGUGGCCGCUGCCUACGUCGACUCACCACCACCGGAGCCAUCUGCCAUCCCCUCUCCCCCUUCUCCUCCCCCAAUGGACGCCUUAUCCCGUCCGCCCGCCGCUCCCCUCCCCGCGCGCCGCUGGGUGGUGCCGCACAAGAAAUGGGCUCUUCCCUCCGCCUCCCCGCUGCCCGCUUCCGCCUCCUACGGCUCCUCUCUCGCCGACUCCUCCUUGCUUUCUUCGCACGUCCCUUCGCACCCGUCGCACGUCUCCUCGCACCCAUCGCACGGCGGCAGCUGGGCCAACGGGAGUGUCGUAGAGGGGAGCUGUGGCGCCGAUCCGUCGCAACGAGGGCGGGAGCGAGCGGCGCAGGGAUGGGCGAACGCGCGGAGCAGCGGUGGGUGGCAAGGCGGGGACGCGGCGGUGCCGGGGGGAGCGCCGGCGGAUGCUGGUUGGCGGAAGCGGAAAAGCCAUCUCUCCGCGGCUGCGGACGACUCCGCCUGUCUGACGUCAUCACACGGUGCCGACGUCCCGCCCUCCGCCCUUCCGCAUCCCUCCCAUGCGCCUUCGCAUGCGGACUCCCCCUUCGCGCAUCCCGCCGCCUCCCCCCGCCCGCCCGCCACCCGCUGGGACGUUCCUCUCUUCUCCGCCAAGCGCGCGUGCCUCGCGGCGGACCAGCGCAGGCCCGCGGAAGCACCGUGGGCGGAGAGACCCGCCGAAGGAGCCGCAUGGGCGGAGAGACCGGCCGCGUGGGUAGAGGGGGCGCAAGGCCGGGAAGCCGCUGCGGCGGCAGCGGCGCCCUUCCAGCCAACCACGGGUUCCGCCGGCCGCGGAGCGCUGCUUGCAUUCGCCGUGGGCGCGGCGCCGAGCCCGCAUGGGGACGGGCGCGGGAGUCUCCAUCAUCCCGCGUCCUCCGCGCGCAGCAUCGGCGCGUCCCUGGAGAGUGGCGCGCGCACGCGGCGAGGAGUCUGCGCGCGGGGCAGGAAGAGGCGGGGAGCGGAGGGAGAUCUGGCGCAGCAGGGCUCGAUGGCGGGGCGAGCGGGAGACGGGGGCGCGGGAAUAGAGGCGGGCGGAAGGGCUGGCUGGGAUGUGGCGCAGGGGGAAGGGGAGCAGAGCUCGUGCGCGAAUGGGGGAACAAGGGGCGACGACGACGAGGAGGGGGGUAGAGGGGAGGAAGAAGCGGAGAGGAGAGAGGGAGGCGGCGCGGAGAGUGUUGCGCGGCCGAGGAGGCGGAGGCGGAAGGGAGGGCUGCUGGGGGUGGCGGAGGAAGGGGAGGAGGGCGAGGGAGCGACGGACUACCAGGCGUCAGCAAGUCCGCUAGCCUCCCUGGCUGAACCGUCAGCGCCUGGUGUGUCGGCGGCAGUGGGCGAUGCGGCGAGACUAGACCCCUCCUCGCAUGUUCCCGACGGCCGUGCGGGAAGCGCGUACCUGGAAGCCACUCGCAGCACGGGUGGGACUGUCGCGAGUGCCAGUGCGAAUGGCUCGUCCGCUGACUGCUACUCGACCAGGGGCAGUAGCGCAGGGGAGCGGGACAGCACGGCAAGGGAGCAUCAGCAGCAGCAGGGGCGGAGGCAGAAGGGGCGGCCGUUGCAUGAGCUGGCGAAUGGGGCGGGCGGCGAAGGGACGAGAGAAGCGGAGCGAGAGGCGGACAGCAGCGCGGACGACUGGGGGGGCAAGCGGCAGAGGCAGAGGCAGAGGGCGGUGGAGGAGGAGAGAGGCGCGCAGGCGCAGGCGGAGGAGCGGGCGGAGGUGGAGAUGAAGCGGCGGUUCAGCGUGGUGGUGCAGUCGCAGGUGGGGGGCGAGGGGGACGAGGAGGCGCCGCAGCACGAGGGCGAGGCGGACAGGUGCAUGUCCGAGCAUGUAGGGGCGGCCAAGUUUGUCCUGUCCUCUGGCCGCACGCUAUCAGCAGAGUGUCUACCAGCCGCCAAGAAGAAGCCGACUAUCGACGACGAGUUUGAGCAGUACUUUGCGCAGCUGCUCUUGUAGCAGCGAUCCAUUCUCAUCAGGUUUGCUUGUGUUCAUGUUGCGUAGUGUGUGUGCAAGUGUGCAAGUAGGCGAGCAAUUAGGUGAGCAAUUAGGUGUGCAAGUACGUCUCUAGAUGGAAGGGUGUGGUAGUAAGGGGGGCCCAAUCUCAGCCUUGCACGUGCUGUGGAGGCUGAUCCCACUUCAAACCAAACACUGCUGCAGUCGCACCUGCUGAGCCAUUCCAGCAGCAAGCGGUAUUGUUCUUAUGUGGAUUGUGUGCUACGUCU